AAUGUCAAAAUCAUAUGUGAUUCUUGGUUAAUCUUUAUUCGGGUUAUGGAAUCAAAUUAAAAGCUAAAUUAAAUUCGAACAAUUAGAUGUUUAAAUAGUAAAUAUGUUACGAUCAUUUUUUUCUUCAGCUGUACGUACGGCCACGCUUUUCACAAAUCGGACCUCUGCCGUCAUGCCAAUAAGGCGUGAGCUUUAUUACCAAAUAUGUAGUCCAAUCACAUCUUCCACUUCAAUGCUGCUUACAAGACUAUCGGGAGUCACAAAGCCACAGUUGCAGAUUGCCAACUCUCCAUUCUUAACUUCAGUUCAAAAUCAGCCAACCCGAUCGCUAACGAAAUUCUCACUUAUUAAAGGUAAACGUAAGUCUGUGAAGGCUGUACUCAAACGCUUCAAACGUCUUGAUUGGGGUAUUUGGAUACGAACUCACACAGGUCGCCAUAAGAAGUUAUUUAAAAAAUCACCAGAACUGCGGAGAAGACUUCGUCAGCAUAUAUUCACCAAUUCAACGCAGAGUUAUAUGUUGGAUAAAAUGGUCACUAGCUUUUGGCGUCGGCCGAAGCAUUACAUAGACGACCCAUAUGCACCUUACCAUAAACGUGAAGAAUUUUUCGCAACGAAAAGUAAAACCUUCAAAGUGUAAAUAGACAGUUACUUUAAUUCCUCCUGAGUGCGUUAAAGUGAUGGCUAAAGAAUAUCUUAUCUUUCCCAUCUCAUUUUGGUUAUCAAACAUGAAAAGAUUCAUAAGCCAUAAGUGGUGAAAGCCACUUUCUUGAUAACGCAAAUACAUUUGGUUCAAUAAAAAAAAAAUUCCAUCAACAGUCGAAAAACACGUACACACUAUUCCCCAACAUCGAUAAAUAAAGAUUUGUUAAGAUUUA